AUGACUGGCGCCGUGCAUGACGUCACAGAGCCUUACCGGCUAUACCUGACUAAAGACAGAGACCAGUUACAGUCCAGUUACAAUAACCUGACUAAAGACAGAGACCAGUUACAGACCAGUUACAAUAACCUGACUAAAGACAGAGACCAGUUACAGACCAGUUACAAUAACCUGACUAAAGACAGAGACCAGUUACGGGAAGAUAGAGACAGAUACCUGAGAACAUUUUGUAGUAAACAGAAGUGUUUCAGUUUUAGUUCCAGUUUUUAUGUUAUAUCUAAUGAGACGAAGAACUGGGAGGAGAGCAGAAAAGACUGCAAGGUCAUAGGAGCAGACCUGGUGAUCAUAAACAGUAAAGAGGAACAGGAGUUCAUCAUUAAACAGCUGAACAACCCUGAGACUUGGAUUGGUCUGAGUGACACAGUAAAUGAGGGAGAGUGGAAAUGGGUGGACGAUACACCACUGAACACUGGGUCCUGGGCUCGAGGGGAACCGAAUAAUGCAGGUGAAGAGGACUGUGCUGUGAUUUACACUUAUCCUUCACAUUUGACUGCCACAUGGAAUGACCAGAAAUGUUCUGCUAACUUUCCCUGGAUCUGUAAACAGAAGUGUUUCAGUUUUAGUUCCAGUUUUUAUAUCAUGUCUAAUGAGACGAAGAGCUGGGAGGAGAGCAGAAAAGACUGCAAGGCCAAAGGAGCAGACCUGGUGAUCAUAAAGAGCAAAGAGGAACAGGGGUCUCCAACACAACACUCUGAGUAUCUCACCUAA